AUGCCAUUGAACGUUGCGAAAAACGCCAGUAACAACACCAGCAAGGAUGAUGCAACGGUGGCCAAGAGCAGAGAACCACAUAGUGAGAAAAAAACACCAAAGAAGAAAAUUCAAAAAGGCGAGAACACUAAACGCCUGAAGAAUGUCAGUUUCAAGGACGACAUCGUGGCACCCAGGAGAUCGGUCAGGUUAAGAAAUGCUAAUUCGCAAACCCAAGAUCCCGACAAGGACGACAUGCCAUUGAACGUUGCGAAAAACGCCAGUAACAACACCAGCAAGGAUGAUGCAACGGUGGCCAAGAGCAGAGAACCACAUAAUCUGCACGUUGACAUGAAUCUGCAGCCAGUUGUCGUUUUAGAACGCAUAAAUAUUGACGACUUCUUUGCAAAAGAUUCCGAUCCUCCGUCAGGAAAAAAAACACCAAAGAAGAAAAUUCAAAAAGGCGAGAACACUAAACGCCUGAAGAAUGUCAGUUUCAAGGACGACAUCGUGGCACCCAGGAGAUCGGUCAGGUUAAGAAAUGCUAAUUCGCAAACCCAAGAUCCCGACAAGGACGACAUGCCAUUGAACGUUGCGAAAAACGCCAGUAACAACACCAGCAAGGAUGAUGCAACGGUGGCCAAGAGCAGAGAACCACAUAAUCUGCACGUUGACAUGAAUCUGCAGCCAGUUGUCGUUUUAGAACGCAUAAAUAUUGACGACUUCUUUCCAAAAGAUUCCGAUCCUCCGUCAGGAAAAAAAACACCAAAGAAGAAAAUUCAAAAAGGCGAGAACACUAAACGCCUGAAGAAUGUCAGUUUCAAGGACGACAUCGUGGCACCCAGGAGAUCGGUCAGGUUAAGAAAUGCUAAUUCGCAAACCCAAGAUCCCGACAAGGACGACAUGCCAUUGAACGUUGCGAAAAACGCCAGUAACAACACCAGCAAGGAUGAUGCAACGGUGGCCAAGAGCAGAGAACCACAUAAUCUGCACGUUGACAUGAAUCUGCAGCCAGUUGUCGUUUUAGAACGCAUAAACAUUGACGACUUCUUUCCAAAAGAUUCCGAUCCUCCGUCAGGAAAAACAAAACACCAAAGAAGAUAAUUCAAAAACGUGAGAACACUAAACGCCUGAAGAAUGUCAGUUUCAAAAUAUUUCUGUUAUUUGUUAUUUUUUAGUUAAGUUCCAUAUAGUUAACGGUACCAAUAAAUUAUUUUUGUUAAAUCAUCUAUCUAGUUGAAAAUUAUUUUAAACAUUUGCAUAGUGAUUUGGGUAUUUAUUCCAUGCUGCUUAAGCUUCAUGCCACUGAUUGUUUGUGAAGUAUCCGUAUACUAAAUUUCAUUGAAAUCUUUUCAGCCGUUUAAGCGUGUUUGAGUAACAAACAUUCUAACCUCACGUUUACAAUAUUAAUAACAUUUAUUUAUUUAUUCAUUAAAAAUAAUUACAACAUUAUAACAGCAAAAGCCAAAUCAAUGUUAUAAGUCUAGUGUGCUAACAUACAAAGUUAUAAUAAAUGUUAAUAUAUUUUUUUACAGGUUUUUUUUACAGUUUUUUACAGGUUUAAUAACCUGAUUCUAGAUAUUUCUGAGCCGCUUCUAAUAUCUUUGGCAGACUACUACUAAAUAUAUCAAUGAUGUUCAACAUAGUAGAAUAUCAUAAGGACAAAUAUCCUACUAACAAUAAUAUUCCCGUUAAUUGAACAGUGAUAAUGACAAUGGCGCACCGACGACCUACUUUCAUUGUUUUAUUCAUAUUAAUAAAUGGUAAUACAAAUAUUAGGUUUUGUAGGUUUUGGCCGUGCGAUCCCGGCAUAGAAUAGGCCAUGCCUUCCCAUAGACAGCAGCGUCCCUCUUAAAACAUCUCUAAAGCCUAACUGCGGUUGCCAAUCCGCCUGCCAUGGGUGGCAACUACUAGCAAAACUGUCUGUCGUCUUAAUACUAUACAAACUUUGUCACUAUUAAAUAUUGCUUUUUGUAACAACAAAAUUUAAUUUCAGAUCUGCACGUUGACAAGAAUCUGCAGCCAGUUGUCGUUUUAGAACGCAUAAACAUUGAUGACUUUUUUCCAAAAGAUUCCGAUCCUCCGUCAGGAAAAACAAAACACCAAAGAAGAAAAUUCAAAAACGUGAGAACACUAAACGCCUGAAGAAUGUCUGUUUCAAGGACGACAACGUGGCACCCAGGAGAUCGGUCAGGAUAAGGAAUGCUAAUUCGCAAACCCAAGAUCCCGACGAGGACGACAUGUCAUUGAACGUUGCGAAAAACACCAGUAACAACACGAGCAAGGAUGAUGCAACAAAACAUCUCUAAAGCCUAACUGCGGUCACUAUUAAAUAUUGCUUUUUGUAACAACAAAAUUUAAUUUCAGAUCUGCACGUUGACAAGAAUCUGCAGCCAGUUGUCGUUUUAGAACGCAUAAACAUUGACGACUUCUUUCCAAAAGAUUCCGAUCCUCCGUCAGGAAAAAAAAAACACCAAAGAAGAAAAUUCAAAAACGUGAGAACACUAAACGCCUGAAGAAUGUCAGUUCCAAGGACGACAACGUGGCACCCAGGAGAUCGGUCAGGAUAAGGAAUGCUAAUUCGCAAACCCAAGAUCCCGAUGAGGACGACAUGUCAUUGAACGUUGCGAAAAACACCAGUAACAACACGAGCAAGGAUGAUGCAACGGUGGCCAAACGCAGAGAACCACAUAAUCUGCACGUUGACAAUAAUCUGCAGCCAGUUAUCGUUUUAGAACGCAUAAACAUUGACAACUUCUUUCCAAAAGAUUCCGAUCCUCCGUCAGGAAAAAAAAACACCAAAGAAGAAAAUUCAAAAACGUGAGAACACUAAACGCCUGAAGAAUGUCAGUUCCAAGGACGACAACGUGGCACCCAGGAGAUCGGUCAGGAUAAGGAAUGCUAAUUCGCAAACCCAAGAUCCCGACGAGGACGACAUGUCAUUGAACGUUGCGAAAAACACCAGUAACAACACGAGCAAGGAUGAUGCAACGGUGGCCAAACGCAGAGAACCACAUAAUCUGCACGUUGACAAGAAUCUGCAGCCAGUUGUCGUUUUAGAACGCAUAAACAUUGACGACUUUUUUCCAAAAGAUUCCGAUCCUCUGUCAGGAAAAACAAAACACCAAAGAAGAAAAUUCAAAAACGUGAGAACACUAAACGCCUGAAGAAUGUCUGUUUCAAGGACGACAACGUGGCACCCAGGAGAUCGGUCAAGUUAAGGAAUGCUAAUUCGCAAACCCAAGAUCCCGACGAGGACGACAUGUCAUUGAACGUUGCGAAAAACACCAGUAACAACACGAGCAAGGAUGAUGCAACGGUGGCCAAACGCAGAGAACCACAUAAUCUGCACGUUGACAAUAAUCUGCAGCCAGUUAUCGUUUUAGAACGCAUAAACAUUGACAACUUCUUUCCAAAAGAUUCCGAUCCUCCGUCAGGAAAAAAAAACACCAAAGAAGAAAAUUCAAAAACGUGAGAACACUAAACGCCUGAAGAAUGUCAGUUCCAAGGACGACAACGUGGCACCCAGGAGAUCGGUCAGGAUAAGGAAUGCUAAUUCGCAAACCCAAGAUCCCGACGAGGACGACAUGUCAUUGAACGUUGCGAAAAACACCAGUAACAACACGAGCAAGGAUGAUGCAACGGUGGCCAAACGCAGAGAACCACAUAAUCUGCACGUUGACAAGAAUCUGCAGCCAGUUGUCGUUUUAGAACGCAUAAACAUUGACGACUUCUUUCCAAAAGAUUCCGAUCCUCCGUCAGGAAAAACAAAACACCAAAGAAGAAAAUUCAAAAACGUGAGAACACUAAACGCCUGAAGAAUGUCAGUUCCAAGGACGACAACGUAGCACCCAGGAGAUCGGUCAGGAUAAGGAAUGCUAAUUCGCAAACCCAAGAUCCCGACGAGGACGACAUGUCAUUGAACGUUGCGAAAAACACCAGUAACAACACGAGCAAGGAUGAUGCAACAAAACAUCUCUAAAGCCUAACUGCGGUCACUAUUAAAUAUUGCUUUUUGUAACAACAAAAUUUAAUUUCAGAUCUGCACGUUGACAAGAAUCUGCAGCCAGUUGCCGUUUUAGAACGCAUAAACAUUGACGACUUCUUUCCAAAAGAUUCCGAUCCUCCGUCAGGAAAAAAAAAAAACCAAAGAAGAAAAUUCAAAAACGUGAGAACACUAAACGCCUGAAGAAUGUCAGUUCCAAGGACGACAACGUGGCACCCAGGAGAUCGGUCAGGAUAAGGAAUGCUAAUUCGCAAACCCAAGAUCCCGACGAGGACGACAUGUCAUUGAACGUUGCGAAAAACACCAGUAACAACACGAGCAAGGAUGAUGCAACGGUGGCCAAACGCAGAGAACCACAUAAUCUGCACGUUGACAAGAAUCUGCAGCCAGUUGUCGUUUUAGAACGCAUAAACAUUGACGACUUCUUUCCAAAAGAUUCCGAUCCUCCGUCAGGAAAAACAAAACACCAAAGAAGAAAAUUCAAAAACGUGAGAACACUAAACGCCUGAAGAAUGUCAGUUCCAAGGACGACAACGUAGCACCCAGGAGAUCGGUCAGGAUAAGGAAUGCUAAUUCGCAAACCCAAGAUCCCGACGAGGACGACAUGUCAUUGAACGUUGCGAAAAACACCAGUAACAACACGAGCAAGGAUGAUGCAACAAAACAUCUCUAAAGCCUAACUGCGGUCACUAUUAAAUAUUGCUUUUUGUAACAACAAAAUUUAAUUUCAGAUCUGCACGUUGACAAGAAUCUGCAGCCAGUUGUCGUUUUAGAACGCAUAAACAUUGACGACUUCUUUCCAAAAGAUUCCGAUCCUUCGUCAGGAAAAAAAAACACCAAAGAAGAAAAUUCAAAAACGUGAGAACACUAAACGCCUGAAGAAUGUCAGUUCCAAGGACGACAACGUGGCACCCAGGAGAUCGGUCAGGAUAAGGAAUGCUAAUUCGCAAACCCAAGAUCCCGACGCGGACGACAUGUCAUUGAACGUUGCGAAAAACACCAGUAACAACACGAGCAAGGAUGAUGCAACGGUGGCCAAACGCAGAGAACCACAUAGUGAGUAUUGACAAUACGUUGUUGCCAUUUACCUUAAAAAAAAGCUAUAUUGUUAAAAUAUUUCUGUUAUUUGUUAUUUUUUAGUUAAGUUCCAUACCUAUAGUUAAAGGUACCAAUAAAUUAUUUUAUUAUUUAAAUUUUAGAGGUAAGUUUAUAGAUAUCGAUCCCAAUAAUUCCAUUAAUAUUGAAUUUAAACUAGUCUGCAACAAGGAUAGUUGCAAUUAAUUUUCUAGUGUUGGCUAUGAUCGAUUGAGUAUAACUUUUUAAUUGUUGUCAGUAAUAUUGUAUCAGCACUAGACAAGUUGUAAUUUAUUGUGAGAGAAUAGUUAUGUUUUGACUUCUAUUGUGGCAGCAUUAAUUUAGUUUUCAUUUAUUUUUUUUAUCUGGAUUAGUAUUUGGAUAUUUUCUUUUUAUUUAGACUAGUAUUUUCAUUUUAUUUAUUUAGGUUAAUAUUUUUAUGUUUGCAGUUAUAAUAUUUACUUUAAUUUGCUGCCAAUAUGCCAGAUGUGUAGGAUUACAAAUUACAAUGUGAUAAUUUGUAAUCCUACACAUCUACAUAGUUCUAUGGAAUUGAUUUACUUUGAUAUUAAUUAUUACAUUAAAUGUUGUAAAAUUUUACCAUUAAAACAACAUGAUCUCUUGUUAUAAUGUAACUAGCUUUAUUUACCUAUAAGAAUACUUUGAAUAAAAUAUUUUUUUUAA